AUGGCGGCCACUGUGACCAUAGAGCCCGCGGGCCUCUGCUGCUGGGACGAGCCGGUGCGCAUCGUGGUGCGCGGCCUGGCCUCAGAGCAGCCGGUCACGCUGCGCGCGUCCCUGCGCGACGAGAAGGGCGCGCUCUUCCGGGCCCACGCGCGCUACUGCGCGGACCGCGGAGGCGAGCUCGACCUGACGCGCACGCCCGCGCUGGGCGGCAGCUUCGCGGGCCUCGAGCCCAUGGGGCUCUUCUGGGCCCUGGAGCCGGAGGAGCCUCUGCUGCAGCUGAUGAAGCGGGACGUGCGGACGCCGUUCGCGGUGGAGUUGGAGGUGCUGGAGGGCCACGAGCCGGAGCCCGGGCGGGUCCUGGGCAGCGCGGUGCACGAGCGCGCCUUCCUGCGGCCCGGGGUGCGGAGAGAGCAGGUGCGCGCGGGCCGGGUGCGCGCCACGCUCUUCCUGCCGCCAGGCCUGGGACGCUUCCCUGGAGUCAUAGAUCUGUAUGGAAGUGGUGGCGGCCUUUGUGAAUACAGGGCCAGUCUCCUAAGUGGACAUGGUUUUGCUGUGCUUGCUCUGGCUUAUUUCAAAUUUGAGGACCUUCCUAAAGAUUUGUCUGAUAUGGACCUGGAGUACUUUGAAGAGGCUGUGGACUUCAUGCUGCAGCAUCCAAAGGUGAAAGGCCCUAAUAUUGGGCUUCUUGGCUUCUCCAAAGGAGGGGACCUGUGUCUUUCCAUGGCCUCCUUCUUGAAGGGCAUCACAGCCACUGUGCUUAUCAAUUCCUGUGUGGCCAAUUCAAUGUGUCCUCUACAUUACAAAGACAUGACUAUUCCCAGUCUUGAAAAUGACCUAGAGAAAUGUAGGAUCACUGAGUCAGGUUUUAUUGUUUCUACGGAUGUCUGGGGAAACCCAAUGGAGGAACAUAACCACCAAAGUCUAAUUCCACUGGAGAAGGCCCAGGGGCCCUUCUUGUUUAUCAUCGGCAAGGAUGAUCAGAGUUGGAAAAGUGACUUUUUUGCUAGUAUAGCCUCAAACAGAUUACAAGCCCAUGGGAAAGACAGACCCCAGAUAAUCUGCUACCCAGGAGCUGGUCACUGUAUCGAUCCACCUUAUUUUCCUCUUCGUGUAGCCUCGGUGCAUGCACUUUUUGGCCAGACAAUGUUCUACGGAGGUGAGCCUGUGGCUCACUCCAGGGCACAGGUAGAUGCCUGGCAGCAAAUUCAAACUUUUUUCCAUAAACAUCUUGGCAGCAAAAAAUCAGUCAAACAAAGCAAAAUAUAG